GGGUUGUGUUUGGAUAUAAAUACGGGUACGCCCUUUCUGUCCGUUUCUCAUCUCUGUCUCUAUGGACUCGUCAACAAUGGUCCAUAUCGUCUUCUUCCUGCUCCUCUCGCAAUUGUCGCUCUCUCUGCUCCAUGUUUCGUUUGUUUCUGCAGAUCAGGCCACAUUUAAUGCUUCUAUCCACUUCAAUCCCUUCACGGCCAAAGCUUCUCUGGUUCGUUACUGGAACACGCAUGUUUCCAAUCAACUUCCGAAGCCUGAUUUUCUGUUCGUCAAAGCCUCGCCGCUCUCCGCUGUAGAUGCCGCCGUGUUCGCCAAGCACGCCGCCCUAGGCUCGCUCACUUCCCGAUUGGAAACGUUCUGUUAUUCCGCUAAUUUGUUCUGUUCGUUUGAUUCUCAAGAAACUUCCGUUCCGCGCUUUAAGGAUGCCGAUUUCAAAUUGUAUGGAAAUAAAAAUUUCAACAACUAUGGCGCGGCUCGAAUCGGUGGCGCUGACUCCUUCAAGAACUAUUCCGACGGGUUGAACACGGCCGAUCACUCGUUCAAGCGUUAUGGUGGGAACUCGAGUAAUCAUAAGGAAGGAUUCACGAACUAUGCGGAGGAUGGUAAUGUGGCGAACAAUAAUUUCAUCAGCUAUGCCGCUGAAUCGAAGGGCGGUUCUGGCGAGUUCGUGAACUACGACAAAAUCGUCAAUGUGCCGAAUCUCCGAUUCACGGCCUACGAUUUGGAUUCCAGAGCUCACAAACUAUCGUUUACGAGUUACGGAAACGAGACGAAUUCCGGAAGUCAAUCGUUCACGAGCUACGGCAAGAACGGCAAUGGCGUGCCGCAGGAAUUCAGUAGCUACUCUGAUGGCUCCAACAUUCUCACAUCGACAUUCACUGGCUACGGCGAGUCAGGGAAGAGCGCGAACGAUUCGUUCAAGGCUUACGGUCUCUCCAGCAAUAAUCCGCACUCAAACUUCAAGAACUACGGCAAGGGCGGAAAAUCACAGAUCGAUACAUUCUCGAAUUACAGAAACGGAGCGAACGUCGGCGACGAUAGUUUUCAGUCGUACGCUAAGAAUUCGAACUCCGGGAGAGUGAACUUUGCAAGUUACGGACAGUCCUUCAACCACGGUAACGAUUCAUUCAAAGAAUACGCCAAAGGAUCGAUCGGCCAAACGACGGUCGGAUUCAGAAGCUACAGCGUUGAUCGGAACUUCACGACGUAUGCACAGAAAGGCGUAUCGUUUUCUGAAUACAGCGCGACGGGGAGUGGCAUUAACGUAAAUAGAUGGGUGGAACCGGGCAAGUUUUUCAGAGAGUCUGAAUUGAAGCAGGGGAAUGUCAUGGUGAUGCCGGACAUCAGAGACAAAAUGCCACCGAGAUCAUUCCUUCCGAGGGCCAUUUUGGUAAACAUACCAUUCUCCUCGUCAAAGAUCUCCGAGACAAAGCAAAUCUUCCACGCGCGAAAUGGUUCGACGAUGGAGCGCGUGAUUACCAGCGCGCUGGCGGAGUGCGAGCGGGCGCCGAGCAUGGGCGAGACGAAGCGGUGCGUGGGGUCGGCAGAGGACAUGAUAGACUUCGCCACGGCGGUGUUGGGGCGGAACGUGGUGGCUAGGACGACGGCGAGUGUGAAUGGAUCAACAGAGAAGGUGGAGAUCGGAGAAGUGAAAGGAAUCAACGGCGGAGAGUUAACGAGAUCAGUAUCAUGCCAUCAGAGUUUGUACCCUUACUUGCUGUAUUACUGCCACUCAGUACCCAAAGUCCGUAUCUACGAAGCCGAUAUCCUGAGGCUGAAAACGAACGAAAAGAUCAAUCGUGGGGUUGCAAUUUGUCAUAUGGACACGUCCUCAUGGGGCCCAGAGCACGGCGCAUUUGUAGCACUUGGGUCGGGUCCAGGUCAAAUAGAAGUCUGCCACUGGAUAUUCGAGAACGACGUGUCGUGGAGCGUCGCCGACUGAAGGAAAAAAGAAAACUCUGCCGCCCUUUUUUCAUUUGUUUUCUUUUUAGUAAUAUUAUUGUUGUUAUUAUUAUGUUUUUUUUUUUCUUUUAAAAAAAUGUUUUUAAUUCGGGUGGGUUUGGUCAAAAUGGAGUGUUUUGGGUCUGACAAAACCGGAAUAGAAAAAGAAAAAGGGCAAAAAAGGAAAAAAGAAAAGUGGGGGUGGGGGUGGGGGUGGUGCUGGGAGUGUGUGGGACAGAAAGUGGGCAGAGUGGUGAGUGCAGGAACAGCUUGCGGUGGCAGCUUUGAGUACACCAAAAGUAAACCACCGUCGAAAUUCUUAUUAAUUGUUUUCCCUCCCCCACCUUUUUAAUUUCCGAGAAUUUAAGGACCAAAUCAAAAUUAAAAAAUUUAUAGCUUAAAAUUGUAAUUAUUUCGAAACGUAAAUUAUACUCAAAGCACCAUAAAGGCAAUUUGGAUA